AUGGAGCGUUCUGGCGCGCCUUCAUUUCAUCCCUCAGAACUCGCUCUACCGACGCUGGCAGAUGAUCGUGCUGUCAGAUUUGACGAUGAGAGGCGCAGUGCCAGCGUUGAUCAGCGUCCAAUACUGCUCCUCGGAAGCCUUCGCCAUGAUCUCAGUCAAGCUGAGCGCUCAAAGCUGCCGUUGAAAUCUUUGACGCACGACAAUCCUCCUGCAUCUGGGUCUGUCGUUGUUGAUGACGAAAAAAACAAAGAGGGGCAGCCAGAUUAUCCCGAAGUUGAGCGAGAAACUUCCGCUCUUGAUGUACGAGCGCUAUUCGGAUCAGCACAGUCUUCAACAUUCUUCACAGAAUAUCCCGCACUCGAGGACGUGAGGGAAACUUCGAGACAAAGCCCGCGAUCUGACGAUGUGCCGGACGACCUAUUUCUCCAGCCAAUGCUUUCGCGCCGUCAACGGCUCUCACCUAUUCCAAGCACAAAUGCUUCUACAGACGAUCUGCCCCUGUCUUCAACAGAUUCACGAUCCUCGCCAGACGAUGUAGGAGCACUUGUUGAUGUUCCGUCCUUUAUCACCAUCGACGAACAUCGACUCGCUUCGGCAAACAUAGAAGGGAUCACACUAGCCUCGCCAUCUUCUUCUCCAGAGAUACCAUUUCCUAUGACUCCGCCGUCUUAUUCGUCUACUUCCCCCCCUCAGCCAUCUUCUUCGCCUGAUACAGGAAGACAUCGGUCGCCGUUUCAUCUUCCGAGAAAAACAUUGUUUUUACGCGCAGGUGCAGACAUUCUCAAAGGCGUCAACAAUCUCAGUGGUAGUCCUGGAGUGAUGGGCAUGCAACCCUGCUGA